AUGCCAACUCAUGCGCCCAAUAGGCCGUUUAGUCCUCCUGACCCCGAGAUAACCCAGAGCAAUGUCGCGUGCCCAGCUCCAUUGACUCCCCCUUCAGAUAACGGCGCGGAUGAAGACACAAGACGGUUGAGUACUCGACGGGUACCGCACGCCGACGAUGAAGUAAUCCGGCGACCCGUCAGCGACAACACCGCCGCUGGCAUGGCGUUGAUGCAGGAAGCAACUAUGUAUGCGACUGGGCCCUCACUGGAAGAAAAGAUGCAUACAGACGCUGGCAAUCGGUCAUCACUGGCAGCCGACGGGGCAGAUGACGAGGCUGGAUUCGAAAAUUGCAUCAAUGUGGAUCGCGACAUGCAGACGGAAAGACUUGAAGAGACCGUGCCCGUGGCUGAUGUCGCCCACAGCGACGAAAGAAACACCUUCAAUGGGCAGCCUGGCCUUAGCGACAGAAUGCAGUUGACGGACGCUGAACCCGACUCAGGUCUCUUGUCUCCACCGUUGAGUUGUGCUGCCGACGGCAGGACCAGCAGCUUCAACGUCUCUGGAGGCAAGCCUGGCAUACCUUCGAUUGACCAAGAACUAGAUUGGUCUAAUAACCACCUCAAGGACUGGGACUUUUCGUACCGUCGUCUCCGACCUCAGUACCCGUCGGCUACCUUUCAACCAUAUUCCAAGUUCAAAGGGACUCAGCAGUCCGACCGUCAGAUCUACAACGUCGAAGUUACCAUUUUAACAGUUGACAUCGAGCAGUCCAACAUGUCUGGCUACCUCCAGAUUUGCGGACUAACUCCCGACCAUCCCACGUUGACCACAUUUUUCACAGGCGAAAUUAUUGGGGGACCCGAUCAGAAGUACAGCUUCCGUACGGGGGAUCCCGGCUGGGGCGCAAGCGACAAGACGGAUCUUACGCACUGGGCCCGGUUUCCGGCAUGGCGACCUCUCAGUCUGCACGCGAAGCGCAACAUCAACUUUGUAUACCCAAUGAACCACGAGAACUGGUGGCAGCAAGAAUACAUCUUCAUGAGAUGGAAGGAACAUUUCCUCGUGCCAGACUACAAGCUCAAAUCGAUCCAGGGGGCAAGUUUUGAGGGCUUCUACUAUAUCUGUUUUAAUCAAAUUGAGGGGAGGGUGAGUGGAAUCUAUUUCCACUCCAAAAGCGAGAAAUAUCAACAGCUCGAGUUGAAGCACGAGGGAAAGCCGGGCGUUUGGGGCAUGGGCGGUUGCUGUGCGUCGAGACCUACGCACGACGAUGAUGUGCCCCAGGCUGGACGCCCAAGCGUGUCUCCUCCGACCCGACACACGGCCCAGGCAAUAACAUCCCAGACUGCAAUUAAUGGUGCAACAGACGACGGGCGCUCCCGCGACCUUUCGGUCCACCAAAGUCACACCUCCAGAUCAGCGCUCUCGACGCCCCGGCAGUCUGUGCAGAAUGCACAAUCCCAGCCAGGCCGACAGCCGUCUCUAGCAGACCCGUACGACCUGCCCCUCGAGCCCCCAACACCAUGGAAGAGCAAGAAGCGCACGUGGACGCGCUCGCAGCUGCUGAGAGAAAGGUACGAGUUCUUCGAGACCCGCGUCACGGGCCACAAAGAGGUGUGGAACGGCUUGAAACAAGCGAUCGAAUGUCUGCGCGAAGGAGAUCUGGCCGACGCGCAGGGCAUUUUGUCAGCCAUGUCCGUAACACUGCCGACGGGGAAACUGGAGGACGGCGCAUACGACGAGCACGGCAAUCUCUACAAGAUCCCCCAGGCCGUCAUCUCCGAUCCUGAUGACGUGGUCGAAGACAUGAACGACAUAGAUUCCCAGACCGUGACGGGCGCGAGUGAUUUGGACGCCAUCGCCGCCAAGUUGGAGGUAACCGACCCUGGGGCCGGCGACCCGCUCAGCCAGGGCAAGCAGACUUCUGCCGCAGAGGCCAAGGCCAAGGCCGUCAAAGGCAAGACGGCCGUGCGCGACGCCGUCAAAGUCCGAUGCCGCCUCAGCGACCGCGGAAGCCCAGAGUGCGAUGUCACGGUUGUGCUGGGCCGGAGCGAGAGGGUGGCUCUGUUGUCUGACAGAGUUGGCGUUGAGAGAGAUAUCCCCAGCAGAGCGAGACUCCGAUUCGCGUAUCUAGGCAAGAUGUUGGACGCCACCAAGACCCUGGAGGAACAAGGCUUCAGAGAAGGCGACGUCAUCCAGGUCUUGGUGGUAGGCAACUGGAAAUGA